CGUUUUGUAAAGUCUCAAAUCUUGAACCUUUACACGAUACAGUUGAGGGGAGGAUUGUUGUGCUUUGUGCUUAUUCCACAAGCGUCUGAAGCUGAAGAGCUCGUAAACUGUAUGCUCGUCCUUGCAACUAUUUUGGGAUUAUGUUGUCGUGUGUGACUCCUGUGUGUGUCCUGAUUCUUUUCAGCGUGGACUCUAAAUCAGAACAAUUACAGGUGGUUGGUCCAGAAGCUCCUCUUGUUGCUGUAACUGGUGAAGAUCUGGUUCUGCCCUGUUUUAUCAAACCCACCACCAGUGCUGUGGACAUGACAGUGGAGUGGUUUAAACUCUAUGUAAAGGACUCAUUAGUGCAUCUCUAUAAGAAUCAUGAAGACAGAAAUGAAGAUCAGGUGCAGUCCUACAGAGGAAGAACGUCACUUUUUAAAGAGGAGCUACAGAAAGGCAAUGCUUCACUCAAACUUUCAGAUCUUCGGGUCUCCGAUGAAGGAUUUUACAAGUGUCUUGUUGAGGACAAAUCCUGGUCUGAUGACAUCACCGUUAAUGUCACUGUUGAGGCUCAGGGAAGCUACCCUGUGAUCAGGAUGGAGAGUUUUAGUAACUCAGGAGGGAUUCAUCUAGUGUGUGAGUCUAGAGGCUGGAUCCCUGAACCUGAGAUUCUGUGGCUGGACAGAGAAGGAGUGACUCUGACCGCUGAAGAUACACAGAUACACAGAGACACAGAGGGCUUCAGCGUUAAACGCCGCAUCACUGUUUAUGAUUCUAGUGACUCCAACAGGUUUUACUGCAGACUACUUCAAAAACAUCACAUGAUGGAGGCAGAGGUUAUCAUUAAUAGUAAAUUCUUUGACGCUUGGAAAUGGAUUGUCAGCAUUUCAGUUACAGCAUGCCUUGUUGCUGUUGGAUUGAUGAUAACUGCAUUUAUUUGUCACAAGAAAGAGAUUCAAAAGGAGAAGCAGUUCACAGACUUUGUAAAGAAAAAGCUGUAUGCAGUUGAUGUGACUCUGGAUCCUGAUACAGCUCAUCCUGAACUCAUCCUGUCUGCUGAUGGAAAAACAGUGAAAUGUGUAGUCACGUGCCAGGAUCUCCCUGAUACACCACAGAGGUUUAAUGAAUCUGUUAAUGUUCUGGGAAAGGAGAGUUUCUCCUCUGGGAGAUUUUAUUAUGAGGUGCAGGUCGGACAGAAAACUGCAUGGAUAUUAGGAGUCAUUGGAGAAAAUGUUAACAGGAAGGGGAAGAUUACAAUGAGCCCUCUGAAUGGAUUGUGGACUGUGGCUAUGUGGGAUGAGCAUCAUUACUGGGCUUAUGAAGACCCCUCUGUCCCCCUCACAUUGAGAAAGAAGGUGGAGGUGGUGGGGGUGUUUGUGGAUUAUGGGGCGGGUCUGGUCACCUUUUAUGAUGCGAGGUCCAGCUCUUGUAUUUACUCUUACACUAAUCAGUCUUUUACAGAAAAUCUCUACCCUUUCUUCAGUCCUCGGUCCAAUGAUGGAGUCAGGGUCGCCACAGCGAAUCAUCUGUUUCCACCAAUAUAUUCCUCAGGCACCUUCUCACUCUCUUACCUGUUGAGCAAUCUAGAUAAAAAACUGCUUUCUACAUCCCACUCUUCCUAGCCUCUUCCUCCAAAUGCUGUCCUGUACUUUCUUGAUCCCCACCAUGUUUCCUUAUCCUAUUUUCUCCUUCCACAUGACACACCUAGCACCCUCCUACCUCUCACUUCUGCUGUAGGUUCCAAGUCAGCUGGAAGCUCUUCCUGAUCACACAAAGCCUGUUUCAGCUUCUGUUUGAAUUCCUCACAACAUUCUUACACCACUUGGUCUUCUUUUCUAUCUUUCCUCUCCUCUUCUUCCUGACCACCAGAGACAUCUUACACAUCACUAUCUGAUGCUGUCUGGAGACACUCUCUCCUAACAUCACCUUGCACCUUGCUAAUCUCGCUCAAAUGGCCUCUUCUACAUAGAAUGUAAUCUACCUGCAUACUCCUACUUUCACUCUUAUAUGUAACUGUGUUCCUCUCCCUUCUGGAAAUAAGUGUUAACUAAAGGCCACCAUCAUCUGUCCUUCUAGGUUCCUUUCCUUAACACCAAACCUGCCCCUGAUCACCUCUAUUCCCUUCACCAACAUGCCUGUUGAAAUCACUACUCUCUCCCAUCUGGGAAUACUCUCCAACACCUCAUAUAACUCACUCCACAAUCUCUCCUGCUCUUCUAACUCUCAGCCUACAUGUGUAGUAUAACCACAGAUGAAACUGAUUACGCUGUCUGACACUCUUUUCACCUCUAAUACAUUUAUGUAUUAAUGUAUUAAUCUAUUAAAUGAGAAUUUUUUUUACUAUUUCUGUUUAAAUUUAGAUAUGCAUGUUCCUUUGUAAAGUGCUGUAAAGUUUUAUUUUAAAUACAUUAUCUAUGUAUUUAUGUAUUUAUUUACUUAUUUAUUUGUAUGUUUGUUGCAAGUCAAAUAUUAAUAAAAUCAGUUAAAGUCCACACUGAGUUUUACUGCAAAAUGAAAUAUGUUCAAUAAACUGUUUUAAGUUCA